AUGGUAGAAGCGGAGGAAGAUGCACCCGUGCCAAAUACAGACAUUGGGAGCGAGGUUUCCUCCAGCUACAGGAAGGUGGGCUUCCUGCUAGACGAUGACGAGGAUGCAGCGCUCAUCGCGGAUGUGCAAAUCCAAGACUGUCUCAUCGUCGGCGCAAGCCAAGGCUUCACAAGGCUGACGGGUUUCGCAAGAGAGGAGGUCCUUGGCCAAAACUGCCGAAUGAUGCUCAGCGGCGUCCCAGAGGUGGCCAUUUCCAAAUCGGCCAGAAAGAACCUCAGAGAUUUCUGCCGAAUGUGCAAAGUGAAGCGACUUGACUACAUCAGCGAGGUGGCAUCUGUGCAACCCAACAGUCGGCGUGAUGGGUCACAAUUCGUGAACUUCUUCUUGGUUGGCCUGGUUCAGGUCUUCAACGGGAAGUACCUCUUAGGUGUACAAAAGCCGGUGGGCGAAGGCCUUUUUGCUUCGCUGAAUGGCAAAAAAAAGGAAGAGGUCUCCGAAGAUGCGCGGACGAUUUUUAAGCGGAUCCGCGGAAAGUUGAUGGAUCUUCAACGAGAUCCAGGUCGAGAUUCCUUAUCUUUGCAGCCGGGUUUCACCUUCUUUUCUGAGCGAUUGCAGGACCAUUGCUUGCUCCUGAACAACCAACGGACCGCCAUGCGCAGAGAACCACAGGAAUUGGCCACCAAUUGCCUAGUCUUCGGAGAUGCACCUUGCAGGCGGACGGAAAACCGCGGCUUGUUCUUCGCCGUUCGCAUUGAUGAUGCGGUGACGACCUUCGAAGGGUUGCCCAUCAUGGGCUUCACUCGUCGAAAACCCAUGGACAAACCCGAUUUGUAUCCUACGGUCUGUAGGUGUUUGGGUGCGAGCGUCUUAGUAGGUGCCUGUGGCGAGGCUUUUGCAAGAGAUCAGACGGAGCAUUUCCGAAUCGGCUUCAAACAGCCGCCUCAAACCGAGGUGGCCUCUUGGUCGAUGCAGCCGGACGUGCCGCCGCACAAGCGAAGGCACGCAGUCGCAGUGACGAUGGACAACGGCAAAGACUAG